AUGGCGGCCUCAGCGAAUCGUAUUUCUCAUCAAGUGAGAGGUGCCAUGAAAUCAAGCGACCCUCUUCCUCUUACCGUUGAAGAGCUCACUGCCUCCUGGUUCACCAAGAUUCUGAGCAAGCCGGUCCACGACAUGAGGGUCGUCGAAGCUAUUCAUGGCACAGCAUCCAAGAUCCUUCUUGAGCUGACAUUUGAGAACUCUGCCGAUGUUCCGAUCAGGGUUUGCGUUAAGGGUGGCUUCAAUCCAGCUCUGACCGGCAUUCCCUACAUGCUGGCCGUCUACAGACUGGAAGCCGAGUUCUAUUACCAUGUCGCCCCGACCAUCAAGAUGCCUCUCCCUCCAACGCUUUAUAGUGGUACCGAUACCGUCAAUGGGCAGGGAAUCGUUGUGAUGGCCGAUCUUAAGUCUCGGGGGUAUACAUUCGGAAACCCCCUCGAGACCUGGCCUGUCGAUCGGGUGCAAACGAGCGUUGAGCAGCUAGCCACUCUCCACGCGAGCACAUGGGGUAGCAAGCCCGAGGACAUUCCAUGGGCCAGCCAAACGGUUUCGCUCAGGGAUGCAAUCUUGGGCCUGGCAGCUCCGGAGGCAUGGGAGAAGCAAUUUGCUGGGGAGGUCAGACCUCCAGUGCCAGACCACAUGAUGGACCGUGAGCGGAUGACAGCGGCGUUUCAGGCCCUCUGGAAGCCGUCAAACUCGACGCUCAACUGCCUAGUCCACGGCGAUGCGCAUAUCGGGAAUACAUUCAUUUCGCCUACUGGGGAACCUGGAUUCCUGGACUGGCAAGUUAUACAUACCGGGUCAGUCAUGCACGAUGUUUCUUACUUUAUCAUCGGCGCGCUAUCGAUUGAGGACCGGCGGAAACACGAGAAACAGCUCCUCCAGUCUUAUCUGGGCGCUUUAUCCCGCGAAGGAGGGCCCCAGUUGCAAUCAGGAGAGGUUUGGGACGAAUAUCGGAAGCAUACUUUCCAUGGAUUCGCGUGGGCGCUUGCUACGCCGAUGAUGCAGAGCCGUGAGAUUGUUCACGCGAUGACGGAACGCCACUGCACGGCCAUCGUAGAUCAUGGGAGCAUAAAGCUGCUGGAGGCGACUGAGGAGUAG